AUGGCGCGGCUUUGGCCGAGCCUAGUGUAUGCUUUGGCAUUUUGCCUGAUAGCCAUCAAUGUAGCAGCAGACGACGACGACAAGCCUUACCUUUAUGCUUCUCCACCUCCACCACCGGUGUAUUACUAUAAGUCACCACCACCUCCACCACCUGCAUAUUACUACAAGUCGCCACCGCCACCACCACCUGUAUAUUAUUACAAGUCUCCACCGCCUCCACCUCCAUACUAUUACAAAUCCCCUCCACCACCAUCCCCAUCUCCCCCACCUCCUUAUUAUUAUAACUCACCUCCACCACCAUCACCAUCUCCACCACCUCCUUACUACUACAAGUCCCCACCUCCACCUUCUCCAUCACCACCCCCUCCAUAUUAUUACAAGUCUCCACCUCCACCAUCUCCUUCACCACCUCCUCCUUACUAUUACAAGUCACCUCCACCACCUUCUCCAUCUCCUCCUCCUCCCUACUACUAUAAAUCACCACCUCCACCCUCACCCUCACCUCCUCCUCCAUACUACUACAAGUCCCCUCCACCACCAUCACCAUCACCACCACCACCCUACUACUAUAAGUCACCACCUCCACCAUCUCCUUCACCACCUCCUCCAUACUACUACAAGUCUCCACCUCCACCAUCACCGUCACCACCUCCGCCCUACUACUACAAGUCACCUCCUCCUCCAUCACCUUCACCACCUCCUCCUUACUAUUACAAGUCCCCACCUCCACCAUCACCAUCCCCACCUCCUCCAUACUAUUACAAUUCAAAGGAUCACUAUAUAAAGGGGCUACCAUCCCGUUUCAAGUCAUCAGAAAGUAGUCCUUCCAUCUUCCCUCUACAACAGGAGUUCAUCAGUUUCAUCUCUCUCCCUGAAUUGGGGAGCUGUGGUGGUUAUUGGCCCCGUGGCUAUUUCAAGUUGCCUGACAUGGGGCGGCCAUGGCCUAGCCUACUUUCUGCCUUGGCAGUUUGCUUGGUAGCCACCUGCGUUGCGGCGGAGCCUUACUCCUAUUCUUCUCCACCUCCGCUUUAUCCUCCACCACCACCAUACUACUAUAAGUCACCCCCACCGCCAUCGCCGUACCACUACAGGUCUCCUCCACCACCAUCUCCAUCCCCACCUCCACCUUAUUACUACAAAUCACCACCUCCACCAUCACCUUCACCCCCUCCUCCUUAUCAUUACAAGUCUCCUCCUCCUCCAUCUCCAUCACCUCCCCCUCCAUACUAUUAUAAAUCACCCCCUCCACCCUCACCAUCACCACCUCCUCCAUACUACUACAAGUCCCCACCUCCACCAUCACCAUCACCCCCUCCGCCUUACUACUACAAAUCACCACCUCCUCCAGUAAAGUCACCUCCUCCUCCAUACUAUUAUAAGUCUCCUCCGCCUCCAUCACCUUCCCCUCCUCCCCCGUAUUACUACAAAUCCCCACCACCACCAUCCCCAUCUCCUCCACCUCCUUACCACUACAAAUCACCACCUCCACCUGCAAAAUCCCCUCCCCCUCCAUACUAUUACAAGUCACCUCCACCUCCAUCACCCUCCCCUCCUCCUCCUUAUUACUAUAAGUCACCUCCUCCACCUACAAAAUCCCCUCCUCCCCCAUAUUACUACAAAUCACCACCUCCACCCGUAAAAUCACCUCCGCCACCUUAUUACUAUAAAUCACCACCUCCACCUGUAAAAUCUCCUCCUCCCCCAUAUUACUACAAAUCACCGCCUCCACCCGUAAAAUCACCUCCGCCACCUUAUUACUAUAAGUCACCACCUCCACCUCCUCCUCCUCCUUAUUAUUACAAAUCCCCACCACCACCUUCCCCAUCACCUCCUCCCCCUUACUAUUAUAAGUCACCACCUCCUCCAUCCCCAUCUCCUCCACCUCCUUAUUAUUACAAAUCACCACCUCCUCCCUCUCCAUCACCUCCACCUCCAUACUAUUACUAUGUACAGGAGGUUUCAGGAACAGGGGACUUGUGGUUCUUGGCCUGGUGGCCAUUUUGGCAUUUUCAGUUGCCAGCCAUGGCCCAGCUUUGGCCUAGUUUAUUGUAUUCCUUGGUGUUUGGCUUGGUAGUCACUAGCGUCGCUGCAGACGAUGAGCCUUAUGAGUACAAGUCCCCACCACCACCAUCUCCAUCUCCACCUCCUCCCUACUACUACAAGUCUCCACCACCUCCUCACUACCAUUACAAGUCACCCCCUCCGCCAUCUCCGUCGCCUCCUCCUCCCUACUAUUAUAAGUCUCCACCUCCUCCAUUCCCAUCACCUCCCCCUCCAUACCAUUAUAAGUCACCCCCACCACCUUCACCCUCACCACCUCCCCCAUAUCACUACAAGUCACCACCUCCACCUUCACCAUCUCCACCGCCUCCAUACUACUACAAGUCGCCUCCUCCGCCAUCGCCAUCUCCUCCUCCACCGUAUUACUACAAAUCUCCACCUCCACCUUCACCAUCCCCUCCCCCUCCAUACUACUACAAGUCCCCACCUCCUCCAUCCCCAUCACCUCCCCCUCCAUACUACUACAAGUCCCCACCUCCUCCAUCCCCAUCACCUCCCCCACCUUAUUACUACAAAUCACCACCACCUCCUUCACCUUCACCACCUCCUCCUUACUAUUACAAAUCUCCACCUCCUCCAUCAAAAUCACCACCUCCACCAACCUACUACUACAAAUCUCCUCCACCUCCCGAAGAUGACUAAGACAUAUAGUUAACUCUAUGUCUAGUGUUUAAUUCUUCAUUUAUAAUAUUUUCUAUGUUGCAGAGAGAUCGAUGAUUGUCGGAGCUAAUAAGGAUAAGGACAUUUGACCCCUGUCCUUCUGAUCUCUGAUACAGGAAUAAAGGAUCUCUAAGCAUAUUACUGUCUUGCAGUUCUUUUACAUACACAGUACUAUAAAUAAGUUAGAAUUAUUUAUAUAUAGACAAUAAAGCAUAAUGUAAUUAACUUUGGUUUUGAGUGAAUUGAAAUAAUAUUGGAGCUCAGACUCCUUCAGUCAUUUUGGUA